AUUCAGUUAUUCUGUAUAAUAUUCCAGUUUUAGUUAAUCAAAGUUAUUUCCUUGCUCAAUAUUUAAAAGAAAAUUUAAUUAAAAUGAACAGAGGUCUAAAACUUGUAACAUUUGAUGUUUUCAAUACUCUAAUUAAAACAAGAGGUAGUGUUGGUUCAAUAUAUAUGAAAGAAAUAAAUAGUUUUCUUAAAACAAAUCAAAACAUUGAGACAAAAGAAAAGAAUAGUGUAAAUACUUUAAAUCCUCAUAUGGUUGAGAAAGAAUUUCAAAGUGUGCUAAAGCACUUUCAGAGUGCAUACCCAAAUUUUGGUUAUGGUAAAAUUUCAAGCAGGAAAUAUUGGGAUUUAAUAGUACAAAAAACAUUUAAGAAUUUAAAUUGCGAUUUUAAUGAUCAGUUUUCACAAAAGUUAACUGCAACACUGUAUGAUAAUUUUUGUUUGGCUGAUUAUUGGGAAGUUUUUUCAGAUGUUAUACCUGCUUUAACAAAAUUAAAGAGCUCUAAACUAAAGAUUGGUAUUAUUUCCAAUUUUGAUGAGCGUUUACCAAAAGUCCUUGAACGUUUGGAGCUUGCUUCAUAUUUUGACUUCUUUAUCAUUUCUGGUUGUUGUGGACUUUAUAAACCAGAAAAGCAUAUUUAUAAACUUGCAUUAAACAAAGCAUUAUGUUAUCCUAAUGAAUGUUUACAUAUUGGUGAUGAUGUAAGUAAAGACUAUGAUGGUCCUCGCUCUAUUGGAAUGAAUGCAUUAAUAAUUGAUAGAACAAUGAAAAAAAGUGAGAGACCUUACAUAAAUUCAUUAGAAGAUGUUUUAUUGUUUUAUUAAUACUUGUUAUUUUAACUAACUUUUUUUUUUAAGUUUUUUUAGUAAUUUGUAAAGUAAUAGUUUUAUAAAAAAGCAAAUAAUAAAAAAAGAAAAUCAUCUUUUAAUGGUUUAUCAGAACUUAUUCAAUUUUAGUAUUUCUAAACAUA